CUGAGCAAGAGGGGCCUAGCACAUCAGCAGCAGCGGCAGAAAAGGCAAAAGUGCAGGCCAGGAAGAUACCUUCCCAGCCCCACCAAAACCAGAAGCCGACAACCGCUGGAGGAAGACCCUCUAGCUCGGCACCACCGGUCAUCGGACCCCGUCCGACUUAGGCGGAGGCUGCCAAGAAAGCCACCCUCAUUAGGGUGGCUAUACUCCCGGAGGGUUUCCCGGCGGCCAGCCUGACCGCAGAGGAACUAUCCGGGCUCCAGGAGUCGGUCAUGGACGAGAUGCUCACGUCAGCGUGGAGCGGUCCCGUCGUGUUCAGGGGAAUCCACUUCAGGGUGGGUUACCUGAUUAUCGACUGCCUGGAUGAAGGCUCAGCUGAUUGGCUCAAGAUUGCCGUCAUCUCCAGGAAGAACGACGGAGCUGGUGCACUCCUGGUCGUAGGGAUGGACCAGACCGGAAGGGAUGAGAUAGUGGAGCGUGACCACAAACUCAACUUCCGGUUUGGCCACGUCACCGUGAGCGGUCUGAAAAAGACCAAGAGAGCUCCGGAAGAGACGCCCAAUGACGGCACAUGCAAGGUUGUCGAGGAUACCCUCGAACCACUGAAUGUGGGGCCGAAGCUACAGAGUGGUGAGCAGGAUGAACAAUCCAUCACCAGCAUGGACAUUGGGGACGACCAAGGGGAUGGACACCCUAUGUCAUCCCAAGAGCUGGCCCAGGAGCUCCUCCUGGACGAAAGCUGCGAAGAAGCCGAGGUUACCGUGAUAGACGGUGGUGGAGAGACUUGCUCUCUCUCUUCACCAGACCUCACGGAGCAUAAAACCUCGGAGUGAUAG